AUGUUGUAUGAAAGGGCGCGGCGCUGCCUCCGCCCGCCCGGGCCCCGGAGGUGGCUGGCGCAGCGGCGGGGCCCGGAGGACGCGGAUCCGGAGGACGGGGGGCCCAUCCCGUUCUCCGCCAGCAAGGCCAGUCCGCGCGUGUGGAGCGUCAGCCGGUCUAUGGGGAGCGACCACGAGAAGCCGUGGGCGAAGGUGCUGCCGCUCAGUCUGCUGUGCACGGGGCUGCUGCUCUGGUGCGUGUUCAGGCAGCAAACGGAGGUCGAUGAGCGGCUGGAAGCGCUUUUCUUCGAUCCGGUCGCGGACUCGGUAGAUGCGGCCCAAGAGGGCAGCGCUCCCCUGCGGGAGGAGAAAUGA